AUUUCCAGAGUGUUUGACUUUUAAAGUUGGUAAACCUUAAAUAAGAGUUUCUUCUUUGAUGGGAAUUCCUUCCUAGUAGUUUUUUUUUUUUUUAAAAUUUCCAAAUGAAUAGGAAAAUAUUACUACUUUAUAAUGUAAUAUUAUUGUGUGAUUUGGGUAUUGAUCCAUAACAAGUAAGUGAUAAUAAGGAAAAAAAAAAAAAAGAACAGAAAGAGAGAGAGAAAAUGCUGCUGCUGCUGUACAACAUAAAAUACAACCCCUGCCCUGUUACUUUAAAAAAAGAUUACAUCUUUAAUGAUUUCACCAUAUAAAGAGGAGAGGGUUUCCCGUGCAAUGUGAAAUUUCCUCAAAAUGGACCCCACAGUUCUCUUCCUACCGGCUACAAAAUCUGACAACAUUUUGACCGUUACAUUAGGUCAUUCAAAAUUUUCAAAUGCAAUAUUCUUAACAGCCUUCCAUUGUUUGCUUCUUCCACCCAAUUAAGCCAAAAAGUUCAAACUAAAUCAAUACUUUAUGUGAGCAAGAAGCAGAAUCUGGAGUGGAAGUAGCAACUACCUUCAAAACUGACACUACCUACCGUUGAUGUCCCUCAAUCUAACGGCUCAAAGACCCUCCAAAGUUAAUACCCAAAUCACAAUCUUGAUCUUCCUUCUAUUUCCAUUUCCGCUGUUCACCUAUUCACUCUUCAACAGUGGCAUUCAAUUGAUUUCCAAGGCAAAAUUUUGAACCUUCUGGCAUUUUUAUCAGUUUCUUCGAUUGGGUAGGCGUGAAAAUUUUCUGGGCAUGUUUGGAUAGUGAGAAAAUCAUAGAUGCCUGUCUCAACUCGAUCUCAAAUCAACCAAGGGAAAAAUGAACCAAACCCUUUGGAGAGUAGAAAACCCUGGUCAGAUCAAGAACAAAACCAUGCGAAUCUUCCACUGAGAAACCCCCACCAUGGCUUGAAAGAAAAGAUGAAAGCUUUAACUCAGCUCUAUGAGAAGCAAAAGCAAGCCUCGGCAGCUCUCAGGAACCAGUCUUCAAAAACCGAUCAGGAGCUGCGGCUCACAACUCACCCGAGCGUCGAGCUUCUUGGUUCUUGUAAAAAAGAGGAGAAAGAAUCGAAGCCUAGCCAUGUGAUGCGAGAGAACAACAACACAAUGCACAACUCCACCAUUACAAGAACCUAUGUUCUGCCUCAACCACCAACCCAUGACGCCAAGGAGAAUGUGGUGGGCGGCAAUGACAAAAUUCUCAGCUUUACUUCGUGCCCGAGAAAGGCCAAGGCUUCUACUGCAGUAGCACGGAGGCUGUCAAUGGGAGGUCACGUGCCUCACGUGCCGCAGCCGGAGUCUAAAGAGGCGGAGGGAACUAAGAAUGUUCCAGAAUCGGAGACCACUUCGGCUUCAGAGAAACACACAAGUCGGAUUCUUGUGUUUGUGAGGCUCAGGCCGAUGGCCAAGAAGGAGAAGGAAGUGGGUUCUCGGUGCUGUGUUCGAAUUGUGAACAGGCGUGACGUUUAUCUCACGGAGUUUGCGAACGAUAACGAUUAUCUGAGGCUGAAGCGUCUUCGAGGACGACAUUUCACCUUCGAUGCUUCUUUCCCAGACGCCACUUCUCAACAAGAAGUUUAUUCCACCACUACGGCAGAGCUUGUGGAAGCAGUUCUGCAGGGAAGGAAUGGAUCAGUCUUCUGCUAUGGUGCUACAGGAGCUGGAAAAACAUACACAAUGCUAGGCACGCUGGAGAAUCCCGGAGUUAUGGUUUUGGCAAUCAAGGACCUCUUUACCAAGAUAAGGAAGAGGAGCUGUGAUGGAAACCAUGUGGUUCAUCUGUCCUAUCUUGAGGUCUAUAAUGAAAGUGUCAGGGAUUUGCUCUCUCCUGGAAGGCCUCUGGUACUUAGAGAAGACAAACAGGGGAUAGUGGCAGCCGGACUUACACAAUACAGAGCUUAUUCCACCGAUGAAGUCAUGGCAUUGCUUCAGCAGGGAAACCAAAACCGAACUACUGAACCAACUCGCGCUAAUGAAACUUCCUCACGGUCCCAUGCUAUUUUGCAGGUUGUGAUUGAAUACCGAGUAAGAGAUGCUUCCAUGAAUGUGGUCAACCGAAUUGGCAAGCUCUCACUUAUUGAUCUUGCCGGGUCGGAGAGAGCCCUUGCCACGGAUCAGAGGACAGUUAGAUCUCUCGAGGGUGCCAACAUAAAUCGGUCACUCCUCGCACUGAGCAGCUGUAUCAAUGCUCUAGUGGAGGGGAAGAAACACAUACCUUAUCGGAAUUCAAAGUUGACCCAACUUCUCAAAGAUUCUUUAGGAGGAGCUUGUUACACUGUGAUGAUUGCUAAUAUCAGCCCAUGUAAUCUCUCCUUUGGUGAAACCCAAAACACUCUUCAUUGGGCUGAUCGAGCAAAAGAAAUUAGGACAAAGGCAUGUGAUGUGAACGAGGAAGUACUGCAAGUACCUGAAUCUGAUACUGAUCAGGCCAAGCUAUUACUUGAACUACAGAAAGAGAAUCGUGAACUGCGAGUACAACUAGCACAUCAGCAACAAAAAUUAUUAGUUAUACGAGCACAAUCCUUGGCUGCAAAUGCCUCUCCAACCCCUUCUUCAGUUACAUCUCUUUUGACUCCUCCAACUUCUGCCCAACCAAACGAGAAGCGGAAACCCAGACCCUCUUUCUUGACUGGGAAUUGUUUCACACCAGAAUCCAAGAAAAAAGGUGCUGAGGAAGCAGUUAGAGAGCUUCGUAAGACUGUAAAGGCAUUGGAAGCAGAAAUAGAGAAGAUGAAGAAAGAUCACACUUCACUUCUAAAGCAGAAGGAUGAUCUCAUUCGUGAGCUUUCACGGAAAAGUGAAAAAACACCAGGAGCAGCAGGGAGGGAGGGGGGAUCAAAGAGGAUAGUUACAAGGGCUAGCUUGAGACCACAGGAACCAAGGACUAGCUUGAGACCACAGGAGCCAAGGACUAGCUUGAGACCACAGGAGCCAAGCACUGGUGAGCUGAAGAGUCCGAGUCACCGUUUUAGGUCACCAGUCCCAACGGCUAAAAAACGAAGCUUUUGGGACAUAACUACGGCAAACAGCCCAUCAGUAGCUACACUAAAUGGAAGAAAAACUAGAAGCCAUGUCAUUUCUGAACCUGCUGGAGCUCCCUCCAUGCUUCUUCAGCUUGCAUAUCCAUGUUUCUGGUUUGUGAUAUUUUUUGGACCGCACAUCAUCAAUUGCACCAUUCAGCCAGGUUUUGCAAGACAACAGCCCGAGCAUUGGAAGUAACAUUGGACAAACAGGAAGAAAAGGAGAAAUAGCUACUUAGAGCUGUCUGGAAAAUGGAAAGAUUGUGGCAUUCUGGCUAAAGUGCUUCCUACCAACAUUUUCUCUACCCAAGCUGAUAGUUCAACGUGGAGGAAAGAUUAUUACUUUGUGGGCGGUGCUGCUGUUACUUGUAUGCAAUGUGAUCAACCAACCCUCACAAUGGAGUCUGAGUGUUAAUUACGUUAUUCUUUCCUCAUACGGUUUCAUUUGUGGAGUCAGCAGAAGAUAUUCCAGAAGUUCUCUUCAGAAUUAUGCAUAUUAUUUAUUAUUCCAUUUAAAGAUCACACUAAAGUUCAUAAAUUUGUGCUUGUAUAUUUUAAGAACUGAGAAAUAAGUACUAAAAAAAUUUCCCUUCCUAGCAUUUUUUUUAUAUAUAAAAAAGUUUUAUUAA